AUGGCAGAGGUCAAAGGUCACGUGACAGUCGCCAUCGGCCUAUUUGCCCCCGGUCUCUCCCUGACCCCCGCUCUCGCCCGCCCAGCCCUGGCGCAGGAGGUGCAGACGGAGAACAUGACAGUGGUGGAGGGCGGCGUGGCCGAGAUCAACUGCCGGCUGCACCGGUACGACGGCUCCAUCGUGGUGAUCCAGAACCCGGCCCGGCAGACGCUCUUCUUCAACGGCACGCGGGCCCUGAAGGACGACCGGUUCCAGCUGGUGGAGUUCACCCAGAAGCAGGUGCGGAUCCAGCUCUCUGACGUGCGGCUGGAGGACGAGGGCGGCUACUUCUGCCAGCUCUACACCGACGACACGCACCACCAGAUCGCCUUGCUCACCGUGCUGGUGGCCCCCGAGAACCCGACGGUGGAGGUGAAGGAGCAGGCGGUGGAGGGCGGGGAGGUCGAGCUGACGUGCGUCGUGCCCCGGUCGCGCCCCGUGGCCACCCUGCGCUGGUACCGGGACCGGCGGGAGCUGCGAGGACUCAGCACCCGGGAGCAGCUGGGGAAGGUUUUCCGGGUCAGCACGUCGGUACGGCUGCGGGUCGAGCGCCGCGACCACGGCGCCAUCGUGACGUGCGAGGCCACGCAUCCCGCCCUGCGCGGGCAGCGGAAGCAGACGCAGUACGUGCUAGACGUGCAGUACUCGCCCACGGCGCGGAUUCAGCCCAGCCAGGCCGUGCUGCGCGAGGGUGACACCCUGCUCCUCACCUGCGUCGUCAACGGCAACCCGCUCCCCACUGAGAUCACGUGGAGCCGGGCGAAUGACUCGCUGCCCGAGCGGGCGCAGAUCGAGGGCGCAGAGCUGAUGCUGCCGGCGCUGAGCCCAGGGGACAACGGCACCUACGCCUGCCAAGCGGCCAACAAACACGGCCGCGCCUCCGACCAGUAUGUGCUGGUGGUGUAUGACCCCGGGGCCAUUGUGGAGGCCCAGACCUCGGUGCCCUACGCCAUCGUGGGCGGCAUCCUCGCCCUGCUGGUCUUCACCGUCAUCUGCGUCCUGAUCGGCAUGGUGUGGUGCUCCAUCCGGCAGAAAGGCUCGUACCUGACGCACGAGGCCAGCGGGCUGGACGAGCACGGCGAGGCGCGGGAGGCGUUUCUCAACGGCGGGGACGGGCACAAGCGCAAGGAGGAAUUCUUCAUCUGAGGGGGGGGGGGAUGGGGGCGGAGCCGGGGGAGAGUUUGGACCAACCCAUCGAGCCGCGGCCGAACCACAGGAUUUGGGGGGGGGUGGGGGGGGGUUUGGUUUCAUUUUUGAAACUAAGGCCUAUGUGCCAGCAGCCUGGGGUUCAAGCCCCGCCCCUGGGCUGUGAGGCCCCGCCUCCUACAAGAAGCCCCGCCCCUAUGCAGUAAGACCACGCCCACCCUGUGUGAAAGUCCCACCUCCAGGGACCCCAGGUGCCCUUUGGCCAGGCAGAUGGGGGGGGGGAGGCUGAACCAGGGGAUUCUGGCCUCACCCACAAUACAAUUGGGGUGGCCACGCCCCUCUGAUGGGGGCGGGGCUCCAGGGAAACAGGCAGGGGUGGGGUGGAGACCGUGGGGUGCUUUUGUAAACAGCUUAACUGGGCUGUGACUGGAUGGGGGCUGGAGCCCCUCCCCCCUGUGGGGCCCGGACCCCUGGGUUCUAUCCCGGCUCCAGGAGGGCGGUGGGGGGUUACCAAGGUGAAGUGGGGUGGCUGGAGCCAGGACUCCUGGGUUCCAUCCAGGGCUCCCAUAUUCCUGCUGUGGGCCUUAAAAGCAGGUUGGACUCUCUUUAAAGCCAUGAUUGUUGGGGUGGGGGCGGGGGGUGUCUCUCUGUCCAUCAGUGUCUGUCCGUCCUCGUCAUGUGACGUCCUCACCAAGCACAAGAGCCUGAGACGGGGCCGGGGGGCUGGGGGGGGGCGUCUUCCCCCCCCCACGGAACUCCCCUCCCAUGGGGCCAGAGGGGGUGAAUAGGGCAAAUCUGAUUUCACCCUCCUGCCCCCAAUGCACCAGCCCCUCGGCUGCCCCCAGCGCUGGGGGUGCUGCCGGGGUGGGGGUGGGGCUUGCUGGCUCCCCUAGUCAGUGCCACCCCCCACCCUGGGCACUGAAAUUCCCCCAGUUACACUGGGAAAGAGCUUCCCCCUCACGGUCCCCCAUCCCCCUCCCAGCGCCAGACGAGGGGUCCCCCCAUAACCCGCCCCCCCACCCCCAGAGGGGCCGUGUCCUGCGCCGGGCGAGGGGUCCCCGUAUAACCUGCCCCUGCCCCACCCCAGAGGGGCUGUGUCCUGCGCCCGGGGAGGGUUCCCCCCAUAACCCGCCCCACCCAAGGGGCCGUGUCCUGCACCGGGCGAGGGGUCCCUGUAUAACCGGCCCCCCAUGCCCCACCCCACAGGGGCUGCGUCUCCAGUGUGGGCAUCUCCUCCCUGAUCCCCUCUGAGCCCCCACGUCCCUGACUGCCCCCCAGCCCCCCCUUUGUCCAGAAGAACCCCCGGGGGGUCCCAGCCCCGUCUCUGGCUCGAGGUUAGUUUCUAGCGUGUGUGUCGCGGGAGGGGAGAGGGGAAACGAAUGGGAGAUAUAAUUAUUAAUAUAUAACCGGGGUGCGGGGAGGGGGCUCUGUGGGGGGGCCAACCCCCCCACCCGAGACUGUUCCCCCGCCCCCACCGCAGCCUGAACGUUAAUAUAUAUGUAAAUAUCUGUCGCCUUUUAACCGCCUUUGAUACUUCAAUAAACUCCCCGAUUAAUUCUUUUAACCUGA